GAUUUCAGUUCGCAUUCGUCGUUCCACGUAAAAUGUUCUGCGAGGCGUUUUAACUACGGACUUUAUUUCUACGGGCAUUAUUUCUGCGGACUUUAUUUUCCAUUCCGGUCAUGGCUUUUCUUUUUAAACUGUUUACGCUCUUGGCAGUGGCCGCCAUUUCCAUCCAAAUGACUUUGGCACUGGAGUUUAUGGACGAAGACUUCCUGGGAAACGAGGACGAUCACCACUUGGACGAGGAGUUCUCCGCUGAAGUGCCUCGAGUUUUGACUGGUUAUACCAGAGAUACGAUCGCGCACUUCAAUCCCCGCAAAGCAGAUGGCGGAUUUCGACAGUUGUGGGAACGAGUUCCUCUUCAAAAAGGCGUUGAUAUCAAGCGGAGAUAGGAGUACUUACUCAUACCCUGUACUCGUAGUCAUCUCCAUUACAAAUUGAAAUGUUACAGACAAUGUGGAUAAUAUUCAAAAACUAUACUUUUUUAAAUACUUUUUUUUUAUUAUUUUUUUUUUUACUAUUUAUGAUGAUAAUUUAAAAAUAAAAGCUUUUAAAAACA